AUGGCUCCACCAACAUUCGCUGAUCUCGGAAAGGCCGCUCGUGAUGUCUUCGGAAAGGGAUACAGUAAGUUCUUUGUCAUUUUUGUUUCUUUUGCCUUUAGGUCCUUAAAAAAUUAUUAUCCUUGCCGAAAGUAACCCAACAUCUUUGCAGACCAUGGUUUGGUGAAGCUCGAUACCACCACCAGGGGCAAUGACAACGGAACUGUUGAAUUCAAGACCUCUGCCACUCACAACCUCACCUCCGAGCAAUUGGCCGGUACCGUCGAUAUCAAGUUCAAGGUUCCGGAACGUGGUGUGACCAUCACUGAAAAGUUGAACACCUCCGGAUCGUUGUCCACCGUCCUUGAAGUGAAUGAUCAGUUCGCUCGCAAUUUGAAGGUCACUUUGGACUCGGUCUACGUUCCCAACACCGGAAAGAGAGACGCUACUUUGAAGUCCGAGUGGUUCAAUGACGCCGCCAGAGUGAGUGUGAAUUAGUUUAAUAUCAGAACUAUAAUUUUUGGACCUUUAUGUUGUUUUUUUUGUUUUGAAAGUAGGAAUUUAUGGAGUUUUGAGUAUAGAGUUAUCAUGGAUGAUACAAUUGAUGAAGUAUAAUAUAAAUUAUGUCUUUAUUUCAGGUGAACAUCAACCUCGGAUUGAUCGGAGGCCCAGUUGCCCUUGUUUCCGGAGUUGUUGGUCAAAAUGGAUGGUUGGCCGGAGCGCAAGGACGUUUCGAUGUCUCCACCAAUGAACUGAAGAACACCUCGGUCGCCUUCGGAUACCAGCACCCCAACUACACCAUCCACUCCUUCUGCAAUGACGGCAAGGAGUUCGGCGGCUCCCUCUACCACCGUGUCCACAAGAAUGUUGAACUCGGCGCCCAACUUGGCUGGACCAACGGCGAGGAGAAGGUCCGUUACGCUCUCGGCUCCACCUACAAGAUCAACCCCGACCUCCUGCUCCGCGCCAAGGUCGACAACAAGGCUGUGGUUGGGCUGGCCGCCACCCAUGCUCUCGGCCCCAACGUGAAGGCCUCCAUCUCCACUCAAUUCGGCCUCACCACCGCCAACUCCCAGAACAAACUCGGAGUCGGCAUUGAGUACACCCCCUAA